AUGUCCGGUGUAGCGGCCAUUGUGAAUCCCUUGUACAAGCGCGAAGCGCUCCUGUGGACAUGCACGCGCGCGAAGCAGUUAGGCGUUGAGAUGAGAAACCUAGACACGAGCAACUACAGUACUUACGUCGACCAAGGCUGUGUGACAGGCGUCAUUCGACCGGCCACCAAGCUUGCUUCUACCAUUCAUCAAAGAACAGUUACCGUGUAUGGCAUCACUACUUACUUUCAGGGUGAUAAGACUCUUGCGACUGUGUCGAGCCUUAGCCCGGUUUACAACCCUAUCGAUGCCACGAAAAACAGCAAAGCUGAUCCAGGCGCCUACAAUGCCCUUGCGGCGGCUGGCGAUGGUUUUAAGUAUGACUGGGUCUACUUCUUGCAGGAUCCUGUAGGGGAACAGCAGCGACCACGUAUCACUGAGUAUGAGUUCAGCUUGUCCAAUUCGCGCAAUAGAUAUGUCUAUGACAGACUGGAGCCAGACCCAAGCUCCAACCUUGCAGUGGUUCUCCAUUCGAAGAGCAACACUCGGAUGAUCAUGUUCCAAGGAUACAGCGAUCCAACGUUGUACUAUGCAUGGUCGGAUGGGAAGAGAGAGAAUCCGAUAGACACUACGAACAACGCCCAGACUGGCACGCCUCUUGCGACAUCCAUUGUCAGCAUGGAUGAUGGCACCAUUGAGGUCUAUCUGUACUAUGUAGACAAUCAGAUGGACUUGUACCGUGUGGUCUAUACUGGUACAAACUCGUCGGGACUAUGGGGUGCUCCACAGAAGGUGCAGAAUGCACAGAGGGCAAGCGCGUCAUCUGGUCUCACAGUGAUUCCAGACAUCGACCUCGGUGUGAACCACAUAUUCUAUAUACGGAGCACGGAUACAGAGUACACGGAUGUCCAAGACCCGUUUAAAGCACGACUGUCGAACGACGCUGAUUUGGAGUCGGAGGAUUAUAUUGCCAAGCUCAAAGAACAGAGUGAAGCUGGGGGUAGCGUUGAGCGACAAGACGGAAUGCGUUAUUUUUAA